CCCAUCAUGGAGCCCGCUCAGCGUCGCGACGAUUACGCCGGAAGUGGGUGGGGCGCUGAGGGACGGGAAGAUGGCGGCGCCCUCGGCCCCGCGCCCGCCCCGGCCCCGCAAGGAGCCGCAGCCGCUCGUCAUCCCUCGCAACGCCGCUGAGGAGCAGCGCCUCCGCCUCGAGCGCCUCAUGAGGAACCCGGAAAAGACUGUACCGAUUCCUGAGAAGCUAAAUGAGUGGGCACCACGGCCUCCCCCGGAGUUUGUCAGAGAUGUGAUGGGUUCCAGUGCUGGAGCUGGCAGUGGGGAGUUUCAUGUGUACCGGCAUCUUCGUCGCCGAGAGUACCAGAGGCAAGAUUUCAUGGAUGCCAUGGCUGAGAAGCAAAGACUAGAUGAGGAAUUCCAGAAGAAACUGGAGAGGAAUAAGAUGAUUGCAGAAGAACAAACAGCAAAACGCAGAAGGAAGCGCCAGAAGUUAAAAGAGAAGAAACUGCAAGCUAAGAAAAACAAACUUGAACAAAAGAAACAGGAAAAAGAGUCUGAUCAGUCUCAAGAGCGAGUCAGCAGUGAGGAUGACGAAGAGGAUAGCAAGGAGGAGGAAGAGAAGGAAGAUGAUGCUGAAGAGCCAAGUUUUGUGAUGGGAAGAGGAUGAGGCUCUCAGGGACAGCUGGAAACACUGUUCAUUGCUUUAUAUGCAGAAGCAUGAAAGUCUUUCAUCUCAGCCAAGCAGAACCCAUUGGUGAACGUUAUAUCUGCUUAACGGUGAAUGACCUUCGCAUCGCAGGCCCAAGAGAUAGAGAAAUGCCAAAUAAGAGAUUUUUUUUCUUAAUUGCUUGUAUAACUGCUGUGCAGUCUGCUCUGUUUGCUCUAAAGAGUCAGCCAUAAGUCUCUGUGACCGUAGAGUUCUUUCUGACAUGGCCCAGAGUGUUUUUCUGUCUGAAAGCUAAAACACACCCGUUACCAUUUAAGGAAAAUAUUACUGUGAGGGCUACAUCAUCUACUGCUGUUGAAGCUGGUAGCAAUCAGACACCUGAAUCUAAGGGCAGAGUUUAAUCUGAAGUAGAAAAGUGGUCUGUAGCCAGACUCUCAUGCACUGUGAGUGUUCUGAAUGUGGGGAUUUGUAUGGGGUCAUCUCUAACCCAAAGAAAUCAGUUUAUGUUGCUAGACAAGUUCUAUAGAUUUUUAAGCAGGAUCCCUUUUCUAUUGCUAAAACUUUCCCUAUUACUUUUCUUCCAUGUUUUUUAAAUUAAUAAAAGGGAUGUGUUGGAUU